AUGGUCUCCAUGGAGGAGAUGCACCAGUCGCAGGUGAACCGCAGCAUCAGGACCAUCAAGGCUGAACUCGAAUUCCUCUGCGAUGCCUCCGUAAUCACUCCUCAAACACUCAACCAGCUCCUCCAAAACAUCCCCCAACAGACCGCCCUCCAUGCGCCUCUCUCAGUCGGCGCAAUGCCCUCGGCGCUCAACAACGCCAACACACCGGUUCAGCCACCUACCUCACCCAUGAACAACCUCUCUCUUCAAAACUCCAAUACCAACGGUGGUAUCGACGAGAAGCGCGAUCAAUACUUCAACCAACCCACUCCUGCGGCGCAACCUCCGCCGGCAUACCAAGCGCCUCCAGGCCCACCACCGACCGCAAACUGGCCUCCACUUUGCACCGCCACCGCCCUGUAUGCAUACACAUCGACGGAUGCUGGCGACUUGGAGCUACAGCCAAACGACAACAUCACCGUUACCGAGUAUAUGAACGCCGAAUGGUGGAAGGGUCGCUCGAGCAGAACAGGCCAAGAGGGUAUCUUCCCGCGCAGCUACGUGAAGGUCACUGAGGAGAAGGGUCAGGCGAGCACAUCGAACAACUACGGUAACAUGCCGCUCGAGACGAGCGGUAUGGGUAAUGGCGAGGGUAAGGUGCCCGGAAAAGGACAGGAGAUGGGCAAGAAGUUCGGCAAAAAGCUUGGAAAUGCGGCCAUCUUCGGUGCUGGCGCCACUAUUGGUGGCAAUAUCGUCAACUCAAUCUUUUAG